AUAAGCACACUCACACAAGUCAGACCUUGACCAUUAUUAUCAUUUAUACUACUUUAACGUACGAGUAUUAUAUUAUUAUUAUUAAAUAUUGAAUUGAGAAUCGAUCAGUUAUACUUAAUGAAUUCACGGCGAAGUACGUGAACUCCACAUUCUCUACAUAGGAUACUACCCCGUCGGACCUACUGCAGAGAUGUGGUCAAAAAUGUUGUUGUUAAGUUUAAAUAUUUACAUUCUGUUGUCAAUAGUGGAUGGCAAUAAUGGCAAUAAUAAAAUUAUAUUUUUGGAACCUAUGGUGAAGACUAAUGAGACCCUAUCUGUAAAUGAAAAUGGAACUAAGAAUGAAAUUAGACCUAUGAGUCUUAUGUUCACAGAUAAAAUUGUUAAUGAAACUAGACCUAUGAGUUCUAUGUUCACAGAUAAAAUUAUUAAUGAAACUAGACCUAUGAGUUUUAUUUUCUCAAAUAAAAUUAGUAAUGAAACUAAACCUAUGAGCGCUAUGUUCCUAAAUAAAACUAUUAAUGAAACUAAACCUAUGAAGAUAAAUACAACUAUGAAUGAAUCACUAAAUAUGAAUGAAACUGAAACUAUGAAUAAUGAAACAGUUCAUCCACACAUACAAAACAACUCAACUUCAAAUAAUGCAGAAGGAGAAGUAUUGUCACUAGGUUUAUUUGAUGCAACAUUGAAUAUUGACAGAUCAAUUGAUAGUUUGCGAUCAUACGGCUCUAAUCGUGACAAUAAUAUAGUUAUAUCACCAAUAUGUAUGGCGGCUGCUAUGUCACUUGUCCUUUUAGGAGCUAAUGGUGAAACUAAAACUGAAGUUGGUAAAUUAUUUGGUUAUGAUGAGAACACAACAAACCAUUUAGCUGAUAACAAUAGCCAAAAUUUUAAGAAUUUGGGAAUGCUAUUAAAUUAUUUUCAAGCCAACUCUGGUGAAAAAUUGGGCUCCGAAGUUAAUCUAGCAAAAGCAGUUUUUGUACAAAAUGGAUAUAAUAUUACAAAAAGUUAUAUAAAAGCAGCUGAAGAAUAUUUAACUAGCAAAUUGAUUACAGUUAAUUUCAAAUCAGAUGGAGAAAAAGCAAAACAGAUUAUCAACCAAUGGAUAUCUAAUCAGACACAUGGAAAAAUCAAUGAUAUUAUGCCUGACACUCCUCCAGCGGAUACCAAAACUAUUAUUGCAAGUGCAUUAUACUUCACAGGUGAAUGGGAAAAUCCGUUUUUUGUCAAUUACACCAGAAUAAAACCAUUUUGUAAUGGAUCAUAUACUGGUGAUAAAAAGUCAUCUAAUCAAAACAAAGGUUGCAUUUACGUUCCAAUGAUGGUAGGUAGCAGUGAAGUAUUGUUUCAUAAAAAUGAAGAAUUAGAAUUUAAAGCCAUUGGACUACCAUACAAAGGCAAUCAAUUUAUAACAUAUUUUGUGCUUCCUGACACAAAUGUUAGUUUAAGAAGUUUAACUGCCAAAAUGAAUGGGAAAGUAUUAAAAAACAUAACCAAAGAUACAAAGAUUGCAGAAUUCACAUACUUUGUGCCUAAAAUGACUCUUAAGUCUUUGAUUAACCUACGGCCAGUGUUACAGAAUAUAGGAAUUAACAAAAUGUUUGACCCUUUAAAGGCUGAUUUAUCAAAUAUGGCUAUAGAUCCAGGCUCUUACAUCGGUGAGAUUUUACACCAAGUUGAAAUUGAUGUCAAUGAAGUUGGUACAGUGGCAUCGGCAGCUACCGUAGUAACUAUAACAAGAGGAGGCCAGGCUAUUUUUAAUGUAAACAAGCCAUUUAUAUUUUUUAUUCAUCACAUAGAAAGUGAUACAAUAGUAUUUUGGAGUACUAUAUAUAAACCUACACCAUAUUCAAUAACACCGCCAAAUUCAAAUUCUUAUAAAAAAACAUAA